AUGCCGGGCUUCAGUGGUGGGGGUGUUGGGGGAGGAGUAGGUGGCCAGGUUUCUGCUCCUCCCCGCCCUUUUAGACCCAGCCGAUAUGUCCCGGUGUCUGCAGCAACAACCUUCCUUGUUGGAUCCACCACCCUCUUCUUCUGCUUCACCUGUCCAUGGUUGUAUGAGUACUUCUCCCCCAUCAUUCCCAUUUAUAUCGCUGUGAUCUUCCUCUUCACGCUGGCCAACUUCUGUAUGGCUACUUUUAUGGAUCCUGGAGUCUUCCCCCGAGCGGAGGAGGAUGAGGACAAAGAGGAUGAUUUUCGUGCACCACUCUAUAAAACGGUGGAGAUCAAAGGCAUCCAGGUGCGGAUGAAAUGGUGCUCCACCUGUCGCUUCUACCGACCCCCGCGCUGCUCACAUUGCUCAGUCUGUGACAACUGUGUGGAGGACUUCGACCACCACUGUCCCUGGGUGAACAACUGUAUUGGUCGACGGAACUAUCGCUACUUCUUUCUCUUCCUGCUCUCACUCACCACCCACAUAGUGGAUGUUUUUGGCUUUGGCCUCCUUUAUGUGCUUCACCACCGCCAGCAACUUGACACGCCACAUGCUGCUGUGACUAUGGCAGUGAUGUGUGUUGCUGGUCUGUUUUUUGUCCCAGUUGCUGGCCUGACUGGGUUCCAUAUUGUGCUUGUGGCUCGAGGUCGCACCACAAAUGAGCAGGUGACCGGAAAGUUUCGUGGAGGCGUUAACCCCUUCACUAACGGUUGUGUGAGGAAUAUUUCACAUGUACUUUGCAGCUCACUGGCUCCCAGAUAUACGGGUCGGUCACGGAAGCCUCAGACAGUAGAAAUACAGCCUCCCUUCCUCAGGCCGCCUCUCACAGAGGCACAGCUAGAAGCCAAGGUCCUGGACAAUGGCAUCCAGAAUGAUCGACACAGCACAAGAUCAAAGAGCAGUUUGGAUCAAAUGGAGAGUCAGUCAGCAGACACGGAGCCUCCACCUCCCCCAAAGCCAGAGCUUCGUUAUCCUGGCCUGUCUCGUGGUGACACAGAGGAAAGCAGCUUGUUGACAGAAGGUGUUCCCACACAAUCUAUGUACAAGUAUCGACCUGCGUUCAACAGCCCAGGAAAGAACCACAGUGCCCACACACAUGGCAAGGUGAUCCGCGGGGAGAGCCUCGACUCUCCGUCUCCCUCUAUUCUUCACUCCAGCCGCCAUCCCAGUUAUCGUUCGGAACCGAGCAGCCUGGACGGGGCCACAGUGGUGGGGGGUGUUGCGGGGGCUUUCAGAGGGGGAGCAGAGAGGGCUGAGGGUCCUGGAGGCUUAAGCAGAACCGUCGGAGGGGUAUCGGGGGGCAUGUCGGGUUACUCUCUGACUGGACGCUCCCAUACUUCGUACCCAUCCUCUCUGGUUCUAUCCACUGGGGGCUCCCACUCUUCCAGUCUGCGCUCAGCGCACUUGGCGCACAAUCCUCUGGCCACCCUCCAGUCAGAAGGAACUACAGAUACCAGCUACAAAAGUCUAGCUAACCAGACCCCACGAAACGGCAGUUUGUCCUACGACAGCCUGCUCACGCCAUCCGAUAGCCCCGAGUUUGAGUCGGCCGCCCACGAAUUGUCGCCGCAGAAGCCUCGUGCGCCUUUCCCCUUAAUGACAGGGGCCGCGGUGAGAGGCCAGCCUGAAGUAGUGUCCCCCACUUCUCCGCUACAGGGCUAUACGUCGCCCUUCCUCUCAGCUCAGCUCACCCAGCAGAGGGAGGGCCAUCUGCUCCAGGGAUCCGCCACUUUCUCCUCCCCCCAAAGGGCCUAUCUGCGUGCCGUCAGCCCGCCCCCUCCUUCCGGGCCCCCUGUGACACUGCACCUGCUACAGCAUAACCACGACUCCUCCACCUCCUCCUCCAGAGUGCCCCGUAACUCUGUGUCGUCGUCGUCCUCCCCGGGGGCUCGCUCGCCCGAGCCCCCGGUCACCCCGCCGCCUCGCGGCAUCUCCCUGGGCAAGUCCCAGUCUUACGCUGGGGAGGCGGGACCCCAGCAAAAGCUUCGGGCCGCUGUGGUGCUGGGAGGGGGAGGAGCUGGAGGAGGGCAUCAGGCUCCACAAUCAACCUCUCGCACAAUUUUGGCCAAUCACACCACGUCUAAACCAGGGGGCGGAGUGAAGAAGGUGACCGGCGUCGGAGGGACCACUUACGAGAUUUCGGUUUGA